UUCAGGGGCGGAGGCGGCGGCGACGGCCGCAGAGACGAGAGCGCGAGCCGGGAGGGCGGCAAAGCGGCGAGCGUGCAGCUCCAGGUCCUGCUGGGCGACUGCACCCGGUGCUGGCUGCGCGACGCCGCGCUGCUUUCGGCUUGGACGGCCUCUCCCAUGCGCUGAGAGCGUCCGGCUGGGCCGGGCGGGCGGCCGGACGGGAGGAUCCUCUCCAUGGUCCAGAAGGGCGGCAUGUCCCGGGGCCCUUACCCACCCUCCCAGGAGAUCCCCAUGGAGGUCUUCGACCCUAGCCCACAGGGCAAAUACAGCAAGAGGAAAGGGCGGUUCAAAAGAUCAGAUGGGAGUACAUCCUCGGAUACAACAUCCAACAGCUUCGUCCGCCAGGGCUCAGCAGAGUCCUACACGAGCCGCCCAUCAGACUCUGAUGUAUCUCUGGAGGAGGACCGGGAAGCCUUAAGGAAGGAGGCAGAGCGCCAAGCUUUAGCCCAGCUUGAGAAAGCCAAGACCAAACCAGUGGCUUUUGCUGUCCGGACAAAUGUUGGCUACAAUCCGUCUCCGGGGGAUGAGGUGCCUGUGCAGGGAGUGGCCAUCACCUUUGAGCCCAAGGACUUCCUGCACAUCAAGGAGAAAUACAAUAAUGACUGGUGGAUUGGACGGCUGGUGAAGGAAGGCUGUGAGGUUGGCUUCAUCCCCAGCCCUGUCAAACUGGACAGCCUUCGCCUACUACAGGAACAGACCCUGCGCCAGAACCGCCUCAGCUCCAGCAAGUCAGGUGACAAUUCCAGUUCCAGUCUGGGAGACGUGGUGACUGGCACCCGCCGCCCCACGCCCCCUGCCAGUGGUAACGAAAUGACUAACUUAGCCUUUGAGCUAGACCCCCUAGAGUUAGAGGAUGAGGAGGCAGAGCUAGGGGAGCAGAGUGGUUCCGCCAAGACUAGCGUGAGCAGUGUCACCACGCCGCCACCCCACGGCAAGCGCAUCCCCUUCUUUAAGAAGACAGAGCAUGUGCCCCCCUAUGACGUGGUGCCUUCCAUGAGGCCCAUCAUCCUGGUGGGACCGUCGCUCAAGGGCUAUGAGGUAACAGACAUGAUGCAAAAGGCAUUGUUUGACUUCCUGAAGCAUCGGUUUGAUGGCAGGAUUUCCAUCACUCGGGUAACGGCUGACAUCUCCCUGGCCAAGCGCUCAGUCCUCAACAACCCCAGCAAACACAUUAUCAUAGAGCGCUCCAAUACACGCUCCAGUCUGGCUGAGGUACAGAGUGAGAUUGAGAGGAUCUUCGAGCUGGCCCGGACCUUGCAGCUGGUUGCCCUGGACGCGGACACCAUCAACCACCCAGCCCAGCUCUCUAAAACUUCGCUAGCCCCCAUCAUUGUUUACAUCAAGAUCACAUCUCCCAAGGUACUGCAAAGGCUCAUCAAAUCCCGAGGGAAGUCUCAAUCCAAACACCUCAAUGUCCAAAUAGCAGCCUCGGAGAAGCUGGCCCAGUGUCCCCCCGAAAUGUUUGACAUAAUACUGGACGAGAACCAAUUGGAAGAUGCCUGCGAGCACCUGGCCGAGUACUUGGAAGCCUACUGGAAGGCCACACACCCGCCCAGCAGCACGCCACCCAAUCCGCUGCUGAAUCGCACCAUGGCUACCGCAGCUCUGGCUGCCAGCCCUGCCCCCGUCUCCAACCUCCAGGGACCCUACCUUGCUUCCGGGGACCAACCGCUGGACCGGGCCACUGGGGAGCACGCCAGCGUGCACGAGUACCCCGGGGAGCUGGGCCAGCCCCCGGGCCAUUACCCCAGCAACCACCCACCUGGCCGGGCAGGCACCCUGCGGGCACUGUCCCGCCAAGACACGUUUGAUGCUGACACCCCCGGCAGCCGAAACUCUGCCUACACGGAGCCGGGAGACUCGUGUGUGGACAUGGAGACGGACCCCUCAGAGGGCCCAGGCCCCGGAGACCCUGCAGGGGGAGGCACACCACCAGCCCGGCAGGGUUCCUGGGAAGAGGAGGAAGACUAUGAGGAGGAGAUGACCGACAACCGGAACCGGGGCCGGAAUAAGGCCCGCUACUGUGCGGAGGGUGGUGGGCCGGUUCUGGGGCGCAAUAAGAAUGAGCUGGAGGGUUGGGGACAAGGCGUCUACAUCCGCUGAGAGGCAGGGGCAGCGUUGGGAGAGGAAAGGCUCUGAGCCCGGGGAAGGGAGAGAAGAGGGGCGCACCACCCGAGAUGUAUCUUGCCUCUAGGGGGCGCUGUGUCCCUCAUUUUCAGAUGCCUUUGGUGGUUAUCAUCCCAACUCCUGGGAGGCCCUAAACCUCCAGCUGUAGGUCCUUCCCUAACUGCUGUGGGUGGAUGGGGGAAUACCUACUUUCCGAAGUGCCCCCUUUCCCCAUCUUAGGGGGCUCUCUCCCUCCCAGAGAAAAGGUGCACUUCCUUAACUCUUUCUACUCGGGGCUGUAAGUGAAGGUCCUACAAGGGGUGGGGGUGGGGCUUCUUUUACCAACAUAGGGGUAUUUGGGAAAGGUUGGGUGCUUUUCCUGAAGAGAGAGGCCGCUAAAUCUCCCCCAAACUCCAGACCCAGGGUCCCCCACCAUGUCCAUCCCAUAACCUGCUUUCCUAGCAGCAUCCUCUGGUGGGUGAGAGACACAGUUUGGAAACCCAUGUGGAGCUUGCCUUGGGGAGCAGGGACCUGUGGAAGCUGAUAGUCGUGCACUCUGCCCUCCAUGGUCAUGGCAGGAGCCCAGGGCCUAGAACCUUGAGGACUGAGCAAAUCAAGAUGCUGCCCCCCACCCCCAUAUCCCAGCCCUUGCCUCCCCCAGGAAUGAGCUUUGUCUACAGCAUCCCCUGCCUGCUGCCAUCGGAAGAGAGGGGCCCUCUGCAUCUGAGCCCCACAUCUCCGUGCCACCUGGGUGUGGCGACCAUGAAUAUUUUGGUCCACCUCAUUCUAAACCAAAAAAACUGCUCCUUCACCCUGAGGCCCCAGGGGAGAGGCUCUGUGGGUUGGUGCCCAAGAGGUGACCAUCUUCCAGGAGCUGCCUGAGAACCUUGGGUCUCCCUAGGGGCCUUGGUUGCUGCUGCUUCUCUGUAUUUGCCUCUUGUGGUCCUGUCCUUUCCCAGUGUCCACUUUCCCUAAGAGGUCCUGGUAGCCCCUCUCCCUUGGGGUACCACUUAGCCUCAGCAUCCCUAUAGUCCAGCAGCCCCACCCCGCCCCAGCAUCACAGCUGGUCCAGAGAGAGCCGAUUGUGCCAACGAGGACUGGGCCCUGCCCAGCUGCCCACCUCAGGGAUGGGCACCUCACGCCUGUCUCGCCACCUGUGCCAAUGUCGUCCCACCCCUCCACCUGGGGGCGGGGUGCAGCUUCCACUUACAGGUUAGAAGAUACCACUGCCCAACCUUUCGCUCCCUGUCUUGUCCUGUGCCGUCUGUCUGUCUAUUUGUCUGUACUCCUCUAGGAGAGAUAUUUUGCCACAUAUAAAACCGCAGUCCUGUCCUUUGUGGCCACCUCCUGAGCCUGUUUCUUUGUUGCCACCAUAGUAAUCAGCCUUGCAGCCUCACUGGCUCUCAGUAGUGGGAGCUGAGGACCUGAGGGGACGCGAAGGAGGAGCAAGAAAGCUGUGCCCGGGAUUGGGCCAGAAGAGAGCUAGUAUUCCUUUUGCUGGUUCUGAAUUGUCUGCAAGGGUCCUUGUUCAGCCACAAGCUUACGUCUUACCCGUAGAGGUGGGGGGGGGGGUGAUGCUAAUUGGUGUGUGGCUCAGUGGGUGGGCUCCAGACCCCCUGGUUCACAUCUUAAAGACACGUGCGCUUUUUCUUUUCUUUUUUUCCUUUCUUCUUUGACUUCCAGUGCCCUAGUAAUCCACCUCACGCAGGAAGGGGUGACCUUCAGCUCCUCUAGGAUUUUUUUUUUUCCCUACUGGAACUAACAGGUUUGUCUGCCUUGCUUUUGAGUGCCAAGUUUAAAGGCAUGUGUCAUCAUGCCCUCAGCAAUCAGUUUUUGGGUUUUGUAUCCCCGCACCCUCCACCCCUCAGACAGGGUCUCUCACUGUAGACAAGGUUCACUUGGACAAGUUGGCCUGGAAUUACUUCAGCUUCCCCAGAUGCUGGAAUCACAGGUGUGUGUAAGCCACCAUGCCAGAAUAUUUUAUUUAUUUUGUGACAGAGCUUGCUAUGGAACCCAUACUGACCAGGAAUUCAAGUAGUUGAGGGGGGACUCAUAGUAACUCUCCUGUCUCAGCCUCCUGAAUGCUGGGAUCACAGGGUUACACAAGUGCCACCAUGUGGGUCCUGAGAACCAGUUUCAGAGCUGAGGCUAUCUGCUUCUAUGAAGAGGUGGUAGUGACCAGCCCCCUGAGACAUGUGAGGAGAACACAGCAGGUGGCGGGCCCCUCCACCAUUGCCAGCUGGCAGGAUGUGGGCUGUCACCCAUAUCCUGCCUCACACAGCACCUGCGAGCUUCCCCACCCUGCCAGGUCCAGUCUCUGAGGUGAUGGCUCUAGAGGACUUGAAUGUCUGGGUCCUCCACCUAAGUGCUUCUGCCCAGAGUGCUCAAGUGUGCAGAAUGACAGCAGACCCCUGAUGUUCCAGCAGAUCACAGGGACAGGAACGGGGCAGGCCACUGCCAGAGUCCCUUGGGAAUUUGUAGUAGAGUUGCUGAGAACCUUGCGCUCCCCUCUCCCCCACCUUCUCAUUACCUUUCUAAUUGUUCACUGCUGUGUUUAGCUAUGGACCCAGCAGUUAUUAAAGACCUCCUACAUGGCGGGUACAGAUCAAAAUGGCAACCACAGACAGCACCCUGAGUUUCUUGCUGUGGGGAACAUUUAGUUCUAGGAGUACCAUUUACUUAGCUGGGGAGGUCAGAGAAGGUUUGAAAUCUGGGAACAGGUUAGCUUAGCUUAGACAGAGAAGUGGGAGGAAAUUCUUAAUGCAGAGGAAGAGGGGACAUGCAUGACAUGCUAGUGGCACCUGAUUAACAAAGUGUGGUGGCAGCUGGUGGCCAGAGGGGGCCUGGCAGGAGCAAGUCGCAGUAGGCCUUCUGUUCUGCUAAGGUAUCUGAGUUUUGUUCUGAAGCUAAUGCAAAAAUUGAAGGAGUGAGGGGCUGGAGAGAUGGCUCAGUGGUUAAGAGCAUUGCCUGCUCUUCCAAAGGUCCUGAGUUCAAUUCCCGGCAACCACAUGGUGGCUCACAACCAUCUGUAAUGAGGCCUGGUGCCCUCUUCUGGCCUGCAGACAUACACACAGACAGAAUAUUGUAUACAUAAUAAAUAAAUAAAUAAAUAUUAAAAAAAAUUGAAGGAGUGUAAGUGGCUAUGGCAAGACGGGUGCGGUGUGCAUCCCAUAGCCUUCCCUGCAGACAGUACGGAGCCCAUAGCCUUCCCUGCAGACAGUACUGACACUCCAGGUUGAAAGGAAGGUUUAACCCAGGCCACAGUGGGAGGUACUGAUGGCUAGAGGGAACUUACAGGUGAGAAAAUUGGGAGUCACCAAGUGUGACUUCACCAGCCCCCACAGAUAUUGAAUUUUGUGGUGCUUGUGACCCCUAAGUUCAACUAAUUCUUCUGUUCCAAGAAGCCCAGGCUUUAGAGAGAGUUGGGGCUGGGGGGUUGAGGAGGAGGAAGCAGGUGUCAACAUGCUCUGAUGUCCUCUGGGUACUUUUUGCCUACAGUUACAUUUGCUCAGAACUUAGAGGUGGCCAUUUCUAGCGACAUAGAUAAUAGAAAUGGAGAGAAAGCGUUGUUUCUAGGUAACCACAGCCCUGUAUGGCUGCUCAGUCAGCAAGCUGGUGGUUGUCACCACGUGAGGAUUGUAACAGCCAUGAUGUCAGUCAGCGUUGCUACCACCAUCAC